AGGAAGUAAGGUGACAAUUAGUAAGAAAUUAAAAUACAGACUGUAAGCGGCAGGCAAGCAAAGAAGUACAGGGGCUAAAUACAAAAGGAGACCAAAAAUAAGUUGUUACUUAUGAGAUGUGGAAUUGAGAAAUAAAGAGAGUGGAACAAAGGGCAUCCAUUGAAUGGAAUUGUGAAAGGGAGAAGGAAACAGAGAAGAAAAGGAAGAGUAACAGAAAAAGAAACAAGGGUAGUCAACUAAAGAAAACAAAUGAAGCAGAGGUAUAGGACAUGAAAUGAAGAGAUGAAGAUUACAACCUAAUUUGAGAGAUUUCUUCACAACUCACAGGAACCAUGGGAUGUGGAUGCAGCUCUGAGUAUGAAGAUGACUGGUUGGAAAAUUUUGAUGUGUGUGAACAGUGCCAUCUUCCUCGGAAGAAGACUGAGCUUAUCUCAUGCUUUGAUGUACAGGACCCUUUGGUUUCAUAUAUAGGCCAAAAUCCACCCAGUUCUCCACUGCAUGAUAACCAGGUGGUGGCCCUGUAUAAUUAUGAGCCUAUGCAUGCUGAAGAUCUUGGAUUUGAGGCUGGAGAAAAGAUGCACAUUCUGGAGCAGAAAGGAGAAUGGUGGAAGGCGACGUCUCUCCGAACAGGACAAGUUGGAUUCAUACCAUAUAACUUUGUGGCAUCUGUAAAUGGCAUUGAAUCUGAACUGUGGUUUUUUAAAGACCUGGGUAGAAAAGAUGCAGAACGUCAGCUUCUGGCUCCUGGAAAUCAACAGGGAUCCUUCCUAGUGAGAGAGAGUGAGACUAACAAAGGCUCCUAUUCUCUUUCUGUGAGAGAUCUGGAUCAAAAUCAGGGCGAGGUGGUAAAACAUUACAAGAUUCGAAAUAUGGACAGUGGUGGAUUUUACAUAUCUCCCAAAAAAACGUUCCAAACGCUACAAGAACUGGUGCAGAAUUAUAGACGUUCCUCAGAUGGGCUCUGCACCCUUUUAAAAGAGCCAUGCCAGACUCAAGUUCCUCAAAAACCAUGGUGGGCAGAUGAAUGGGAAAUACCCCGCAACAAACUGCAAUUGGUCAAGAAGCUUGGGGCUGGGCAGUUUGGUGAGGUGUGGAUGGGCUUCUAUAAUGGACACACAAAAGUUGCAAUAAAGAGCCUGAAAACUGGAUCAAUGUCACCAGAAGCCUUCUUGGCUGAGGCCAAUUUAAUGAAACAGUUACAGCACCCACGAUUGGUUCGUUUAAAUGCUGUUGUAACUCAGGAGCCCAUAUAUAUUGUGACAGAGUACAUGGAGAAAGGCUGCCUUGUGGAUUACUUAAAAACCCCAGAAGGUCUCAAAUUAACCAUCUAUAAACUGAUAGAUAUGUCAGCUCAGGUUGCAGAAGGAAUGGCUUUUCUAGAACGCAAAAAUUAUAUCCACCGAGAUCUGCGAGCUGCAAAUAUUCUUGUGUCUGAGUCUCUGUGCUGCAAGAUAGCUGAUUUUGGACUGGCUCGAGUAAUAGUGGACAAUGAGUACACAGCUAGAGAAGGAGCGAAAUUCCCUAUUAAAUGGACAGCCCCUGAAGCGAUAAAUUACGGGACUUUUACAAUCAAAUCAGACGUGUGGUCAUUUGGUGUACUGCUGACUGAAAUUGUCACUUAUGGAAGAAUUCCGUACCCAGGCAUGACUAAUCCAGAGGUCAUAGAAAAUCUGGAAAGAGGGUAUCGUAUGCCUCAGCCAGACAACUGUCCUAUGGAAUUGUAUGAGCUGAUGCUUCUCUGUUGGAAGGAAGAGCCUGAGGAAAGACCCACAUUUGAAUUUCUUCGAUCCUUGCUUGAAGAUUUCUUCACAGCUACAGAGGGCCCAUAUCAGUCUCAGCCAUAGGAAGGUUAUUCUGAAAAUGCAUGUCUGAAAACAAAUGGAUACCACCUUUAAGGGUCAUAUAAACCCCAGCUCUUAUUAGCCCUCAGUAGGAAGCAACCAAAGAAGUAGUUCUGAGCUGGUACUGUUUGAUAAGAUGGAACCUUAAUCCAAAUUUGGAUUUGGUACUGAAAGGACCAGUAACAUCAAUUUUUUUAAAAAAAAAAAAAAAUCAUUAGUGUACUAAUUAAAAAAACACC